CUUUCUCUUCCUACUUGGACCGGCCAACCAAAAAAAAGCGACCUUUUAUUUCACCACCGUUGUCUUGAUCCGUCAUGGCCGCUCAGCAUGAUUUGACCUUGAAAAUGAUCCCUCUGCUGGAUCGCCAUCUUGUUAUUCCCCUCCUUGAUUUUCUGGAAAUGAAAGAGGUUUACACAGCUCAGGAUUUGUAUCAAGCCAAAUAUGAAGUGCUCAGCAAAACGAAUAUGGUUGACAGCAUCGUCGAAACGUACAAGAAGCUUCAUCCCAAUCAAGACACUCCCAAAGAAUUCAUCACUAAAAGAGAGCAGGUGCUUGCUCAGUUGGAAGAAUUGCAGUCGGAAGCGCAGAAAGUGAUGGCGAUUUUGGAAAAACCAGAAGUUAUUGACCAACUUCGUGAAGAUAAAGAAGAAAACUUGGAGUAUUUGCGACAGAAUUACAAUCUUACAGAAGACAAGAUCAAGAUUUUGUACGAUCUGGGCCGAUUUCAAUUCAAUUGCGGUGAUUAUGGAGGUGCGGCCGAUAUGUUGUACCACUAUCGCGUUUUGAUUGCGGAUAACGACAUGUCCCUUUCAGCGUCAUGGGGCAAAUUGGCCGCUGAGGUCUUGACAGGUCACUGGGACAUUGCCUUGGAGGAAAUUCAAAAGCUCAGAGAAUCCAUUGAUCAAAAGCACUUCACUUCACCGCUAGAGCAAUUGCAACAACGUACUUGGUUGAUUCACUGGUCACUGUUCGUUUUCUUUAACCAUCCCAAAGGACGUGAUGGAAUCGUUGAUAUGUUCUUAUCACAAGCGUACAGCAAUACUAUCCAGACAUCAUGUCCAUGGAUCCUGCGCUAUUUAGCUACCGCCAUCGUCACCAACAAACGCAGAAAGAAUCAGAUGAAGGAACUGGUGAAAAUCAUUGAACAAGAAUCGUACGAGUACAAAGACCCUGUCACUGAAUUCAUCGAAGCGCUCUACGUCGAUUUCGAUUUUGACGGUGCUCAGAGAAAACUCAAGGAGUGCGAGGAUGUGUUAAGUAACGAUUUCUUUUUGGUGGCAACACAAGAAGAUUUUAUGGAAAACGCACGACAAUUCAUUUCUGAAACUUACUGUCGCAUUCAUCAAAAAAUCAACAUCAAGGAUAUGUCAAAGAUUUUGAAUCUGGAUCAAGAACAAGGUGAAAAAUGGAUUGUAAACCUCAUUAGAGAUACACGUGUGGACGCAAAGAUUGAUUUUGAAAAGAAUACGGUGAAUAUGAAUACACCAGUGACCUCUGUGUAUCAGCAAGUGAUUGAACGCACCAAAGGUCUUUCUUUCCGGUCCCAAAUUCUUGCCACCGCCGUCAAACGACGUGAAGCAUUAGCUGCUCAAGCGGCUGCCACCGAAAGUUCAUACUAAUCAGUAAUUCUCAUCUAGUUGUUUUUAUAUUUCGCUUUCUCAUCUUGUUUCUCAAUUCUAUUAUAAAACCCCUUGGCAUACUGCAUGUUGAUUACAGAGAAAAAAAAAAGGCGAAAGAACUUACCAAAACAGAAAGAUUUGCAUGAUGUCAUCGCUAUGAAUUGAUUGGCUGUGGCGUGGCACUUUGUUGGAGCAGCCGACGAACGUCGGACGGUUAAACUCAGCGAGGGUUUUGCGAGCGCGUUGGCCCUUUUU